GCUCUACUUUAUUACUCCUCCGUUGCCGUCGUCGUUUUUGUGUUGGAAUCUCUCUGCUGUCUCCCUCGCCCUGUACAUCUUGGCUAGCUAGGGUUUCUGCGGAUUUUGGGGGCAAAAUCGAAUUGAGUGCGAAGCGUUUGAGCAUUUCGACCUGGCUUAGCAUUGAGUAACGCAGGAGCCCCCACCGGAAAGCUCGGUUUUUUUUUUUUUUUUAAAGCUUGUGGACCUUAAGACUUUGCAAUCUGUUGGAAUGGGCUGGUUGAUGAAUGAUUAUGUCUUUAAGGAUUUCAUUUAGAUCGCAAUGAUGAAUGGAGCUUAGGAUUUCGAUUUGAUAAACUGUAAAAAUGGUUUGAGUAAAUGGGGGCCUAGCAUAACGGGGAUAUUGCAUACUUUCAGAGCUUCCAUGUGCAGUGAUUGAUUUUCAUACGUCCAAGUAGUUGACCUCUUCUGGGAUUGGAGAAAAGUUCAAACCCUUUUUCCCCCCUCCCAUUUCAGUUUUAUCUGCUAGGCUUUUUUUGGAGCUCUAAUAAAGAUGUCAUUUUUAAAAUUGAGAUUUUUGCUGGAAAUUCUGGACAUGCUUCAAGUUACAACCAUGCUUCUCGUGCGUGUAAAAUUAUCUUUCAUUUUCAAGACUAAUUAUUCGGGUCUGUUUAGAUUUUUUCGAGAAUGCGGCAUUCGUAAUAAGUAAAAGAACAUAUAAAACAGAUAACGGAAAGACAAGGAGAGAAUAAGCAAUAGGAAGAGCUUUCGGGAAAAAAAAAAAACGGUUCAUGCAUUUUGCUGGUCAUAAUUCUUUUUUUUGUUUUUUGGGUUCUCUUUUAUGAGCCUGAUAGAAACAAAACUCGACGUAUUUUUCUUUUACCAAUGAGUUUCCUCCUUAGCACUUAAGAUGAUAUAGCUCGAGAGAAGAACUACACUGCACUAAUUCCUUUUUGCCCCCACUAAACCGUAGAAGUUAAUUAUCUGAUACUGGCAUGACUUUAUCCGAAUUUCAAAGUUUCCCCCAUUAAUUUAGUGCAAUUGAAGUUCAAUUUGAUGAAGCGGUACUUGUUAAAUCAUGACUUUAAAUCUUGCGAUAGUGGACUAGAACGGUGUCGAAAUGCUUGACCGAUCUGUGGUAGGAAUCUGUGAUUGACAAAUUUCUAUUGAUGCUCAGGUGAUUGAGAUAGAAAGGCAGAUCUUCUUCGGUUAGCCAUUGCCUCGAGUACCUAUUUUCUGCAUCAAGUGCACAGAAGAUCCAUUUUCAGUAAAGUAUCACCUCCGAAGAUAUUCAUCCAUCGAGGUUCUUAAUUAUAGUAAUUCCAAUAGAAUCAACUAAUCGUCGCUUAUUUGCUCAGAUGCCUCUAAGUAACUCAAUAUUUUUGCUCCGUACAUUAGGGUUGUCUGAUUUCAAACAACCUUCAAAACAGGAUUUGCUAAUGUUACUUAUUGGUUGUCCUGUGGCAUUUCGUUUUGUCCUCCCCCAGACUACUUUAAUAUUUUGACAUGGCAAUGUUAUUUGUGCUAUCAACUGUGGCAACUUCUGAUGAACCCUUUCUUCUGAGGAUUGUGGAAGGAAUUUUUUGUUUUCUGAAGAAAUACAGAGGUCUGUGGACUCCCAUCUUUUGCAGAAUAUAUCUUUGCCCUAGUACCUUUAGGUCAUGAAGGAUUUUCAAGUUAAGUCUGUUUUUAAGCAUGGAUAAUUUGGACCUUAGAAUUUUUCCCUUCUAUUGAAUUCCGUGACCCUGCAAUGUGCAGACUUUGAGGAUUUUCAGAUAUCUUGGAUGAAGUAGAGAUCAUGGAAAGGCUCUAGGGAGGGAGGGAGGGAGAUUGUUCUGUUUGUUCCUAUGCUCACUGGAUUAGAAUUGAGCUCCAUUUCUCUAAAUUCAUCUUUAUGGUUAUUCCAAUUGUGGGAGAGAGGAACGUAUGUGCACUAAGAAUUUUAACUUUGAUUUAUAGCCAGGAAGUUAAUCAAUGGAAUCGAUGGAAGCAGUGGUGGCGGAACCCAGUGCAAUCAACCCUGGUCCUAUUGACGUAUCUGUACUUUAUGAUCAAGAUAAGCAUGUCUCAUCAGCAGUUUGGGAUGGACAGGAGCGUGGUGCACUAAGAUGUCACGAGCACACAUCAAAGCUGGAUCAGUGGAGACUCACAACCAAACAGAUGGAGUUAGUUGAGAAGGCUGGAUUUGGGUACUUGAGGUUAAUUCCUGCUAUCAGUCUGGACAAUCCGCUUAUCUCUGCUUUAGUUGAGAGAUGGAGGAGAGAGACAAACACCUUUCACAUGAACGUUGGAGAAAUGACAGUAACUCUCGAAGACGUCGCUCUCUUGCUUGGACUUGCAAUUGAUGGAGACCCUGUCAUUGGAAUCACAUAUACAUCUUGCAAUGUCGUCUGUGAAAAGUUCCUUGGAAAAGCCCCGGAAGCUGGGUAUGCUAGCGGUGGAAUGGUCAAGUUAAGUUGGUUAAAAGAGUUUUUCUCUGAUUGUCCUGAAGAUGCUCCUCUAGAAGAUAUUGAGUGCCAUACACGUGCCUACCUGUUAUACCUGGUAGGAAGCACCAUAUUUUCCACUACUACAGGGAACAAAGUCCCUGUAAUGUACCUGCCAUUGUUUGGAGAUUUUGAACAAUGUGGAAAGUAUGCAUGGGGUGCAGCGGCACUGGCUUUCUUGUACAGAGCACUGGGGAAUGCUUCUCUUGCUUCUCAGAGUACUAUCAGUGGCUGUUUGACCCUUCUCCAGUGUUGGAGUUAUUACCACUUGGAUAUUGGGCGACCAAAGCUCAAGCUUGAUCCAGCCCAUGAUUGCUUUCCUUAUGUACUUUGGUGGAAAGGAAAACAAAUUGGUCCAACAGCCAACCGUGAUGUCAUUUACUAUCGAAAGGCAUUGGAUGCCUUGAAACCAUGUGAUGUGGAGUGGCUCCCUUAUAGACAUAUGGACAGUAGAGUAAUACCUGAAGAUAUUAAAAGUAGUCUUAACCUGGGAAGAUCGAAGACGAUGUUGAUAUGUUUCGACAAGGCUGAAAGACACCUUCCAGAUCGUUGCUUAAGGCAAUGUGGAAUGCCUCAGCAUAUUCCUGAGGACGUGCCGCAGUGGCAAAGAAAAAAUCGUGGAGUUGAUGGAGGUGUAGAUUUGUCAGGGAAGAUGGAAUUCGAGCUUAACGAGUGGGUGAAUCGCAGACUUAAUAUUGCGGAAGGUGAUCAUACCGUACAUGAGAGCGAAUACAUGCAGUGGUACCUAAAGAUUACUCGUCGAUUUGUGGGCAGGCCCAUCUCACUUUCAUCGGAGUUCCAAAGAACAAAUUCUGGUUUAAGGGACAUAGCCCACAUUGCCGACACAUUCCCGAUAGAGGGUCUAGAUCCCCAGCAGGUAGAAUCAAUCUCAAGGAUCAGGUAUAUUGCCCAUGAAUGUCUGAGGGGCCAGGUUGAAACCCCAGUCAUUGCAUCAGCUAUCCCAAUAACAGAACUUGGUAAGAGGUUAAGGGGUAAGGAAAAGGUUAGAAGGAAGAGCCUUGUGAAACGAAAGCACAAGGAUGAACCAAUGGAUUGCGAUGGAACCAGUGAAGAUGAUCGGUCACAGUUUCAUGGUGCAGUUAUAAAAGUUGAUGAAUUGCCGUUAGAGCCUACCGAAAUUGACAACACUUCACAGCUAUGUAAUUUGGACACAGAGGACCAUUCACAGAUUUGUCUUGUGUCUGUUGAUGGCGAUCAUGUGCAGCUCUGUACCGUUGCAGAUGGAGAAGCUAAUCAUCAACAUCCAUUUCAAACCGUCGGUGACCUCACUGAUGUGGAGCCAUUCCAUGGAGUUGAGAAUGGUGGGUCACAGCUCGAUGCCAUGUCUAUAGAAGUUGAGGAAUCACAUUUUUGCAGUGGAAAUAAGGAGGUCCUUAAUCCACAUUGCCAGAAUGCAGUGGAUGGGGCUGAUGACUCGCACUUGUCGCAUGUUGCUGGCGAUAUUGAAUCGCAAACUGCGGUGGAGGUGUGAAAUGCAUCUUGAGUAAUUGCAGCAUCACAAGUCUGAGUCGGGUUUCUCACGUACUUUCUUAGCCACGUUAACAGAAGGUGAUCUCAGCUGUGUACACUCUGACAUCUACAAUAAGUUGGCCGACAUAUAUGUUCUGCGCAAUACUUGAGGCUGUGGUCCUUCAACAGUUUUUGCUGAUAAACAAUAUCAGCAUCAGCUUUAUUUGAAUGCCAGGGAGAAGCUCGAGUUUCAGUCUUGAGAGGGUAGUUUUGUUUUAAUCUUUUUCGUUCUUUCAUAAGCUGCUAUGAUUGAUAUACUAGGCGGUAGACAAGCUUUUUGUAGGAGCGUUAGCAGCAUGCAUCCGCUUGUUUUUAUAUUCAAGGCAUGCAGAAAGGUUCUGUACAUAGCUCCUCUUGGUUAGUUGUGGUAGGGUGAUAUAUUUGUAACAAGGGCAUGACCAAGGCAAUCUUCCCUAUUACUAUUCUCUACACUAGUGAUGAAGAAUUCAUUUUGUU